AUGGAGGGUGCCGGCGUCACCAUCUUUGUCACUGUUCAGAAGAUCUACUACCCAUUACUUUGCAUCAUGGGUAUUCCAGCCAACCUAUUCACAUUCUAUAUGAUCUGCUUCCGUAAAUGUGGGAUGUCCAACACAGCCAUCAUUUACCUGAGCUGUCUGGCCAUUGUGGACACCUUCUACCUGAUGUGGGUGAUCCUCAUUGACCUGACCCUUACCUUCUGGCUGCUGCAGCCCUUCUGGCACUCUCACCCCUGGUGUGGCAUCCUGGGAUUCCUGCAGUACGGCUCGCUUUACAGCUCCUCCUGGAUCGUGGUGGUGUUCACCAUUGAGCGUUACCUUGUCCUCCGAAGCACUGCAGCCAAGCAGCACUUCUCUCAAGCCUGGGUCACUAAACUGACCUGUAUGGCUAUUGUUCUGGUGUCACACCUUUUCUCUGUGCCACUGGGCUGGAUCAAUAUUGUCACACCUGUUAACUUUACUGUGGAUGGGGAGAAUGUGACGCUGCCCAGGUGUCGUUACCGUGAUGAGGCCUACUCUACUGUUAUAGUGUGGAUAACCACCUUCCUCUCAGGGGGAAUCCCCAUUGUGUUGGUCAUCAUCUUCAACUACCUCAUCGGAUACCACCUUUGCCGUGCCAGCAACCUCUUCACCAAGGAGGAGCGUCGUGUCAUGCGAGGGAAGAGCACCAGGGGCAUGUUGAGGAGGACCAUCCUAUUGCUGGGCACUGUCUCUGUGGCCUUUGUCGUUCUCAGCCUGCCUCGCUUUGUCACAUACUGUAUCCUGAGAACCGAGUACAACAAUGAGCACUUCAACAGAAAUGACUAUAGCAUCCCAAUCAAUGUGGCCGGAGAUUUAGCCAACAUGCUGCAGAACCUUAACUCCACCACCAACUUCCUGCUCUACUGCAUGGUCAGCCGGCGCUUCCGACGGGAGUUGGUCCAGGUGGUGACUUGUAAAGCAAAGGUGCGUGAGCUGGGCUCUGUUCUCACUCACACAACCAUGAAAGUCUUCUCAAUUGUGGAUCAUAAGGCUUCACCAUCCAGUGACCCUGUGACUGUGGUGCUUAUCAAUCUCAAACAGACAAAGUAGGAAGGAACAGAAG